GAGAUCGAGCGCGAAUAUCCAGAGGAAGCGACGGCACGGAAAGGGGACAAGUUCGAAUAUCGCUAUCCACGCGGGGAGAGCUACACGGAUCUCAUCUCCCGCCUCGAACCCAUGGCGCAUGAGAUGGAGCGGGCGCAGGAGACUCUGCUUGUGGUGGCCCACCAGGCCAUCCUGCGCGUUCUGUACGCCUACUUCAUGGGUAUGCGGCGUGAG